CUGUUAAGUUGUUGAUUUCUAAUUAGUUGUCAUUUCUAUUUCCUUUCUUUUUUGAUUCUUAUUUAUUUCACAAUUAAUUAUGAAGUUAAUCUGGUUUAAUAGUGUUAAUGAUUAUCUAAGGGAAUAGAACUUUUAGUAACCACAAUGUUUGUGCCUAUGUUGUUUGUUCUUUGGGCGAGAAAUUAUGCUUCCUAUGAAUGUGGAUCAAAGGUAAUUGCAGCUAAUUCUGAAGCUGAAGGAACACCAAGGAUACUCAAUGAGAUGAUGGAUGAAUAUCUUUUAAACCCAUGUAAAGCUCAGAUUUGGUUUAUUGUUGAGCUUUGUGAAUCUAUUCAACCAUUGGGAUUUGAAUUGGCCAAUUAUGAGCUUUUCUCGUCCACACCCAAAGAUUUUACCGUCUAUGGUAGUGAAAACUAUCCAACCCGUGAAUGGAUUAAUUUAGGAUCUUUUACUGCUCAAGAUGUUCGAACCAUCCAAAGGUUUGAGCUACAGUCACAGUCGCGUUUUUUUAAAUAUAUGAAAGUAGAAAUGAAAUCACAUUAUGGUGCAGAACAUUAUUGUCCUCUUUCGGUGAUAAGAUUUUUUGGUACCUCAAUGGUUGAAGAAUUUGAUGCCAUAGAAAAUGGUGGCUCGGUGGAAAAGAAUCUUCUUUAUACUGAAGUGGAUAAUCUUGCCUCAUAUGAAUCAUCACAAUCAACUGUUUCUCCUACGUCAUCUCAAAGUCAUCCUGCUAACCUUAUUGGAACAGCGAGAGAAGUUGUAAUGAAUAUGGUUCGAAAAGCUGCCAUGGCUUUAUCUAAAUUUCCAUCUCAAGAAUCAGAGAAUUUCAAUAAAAGUGAACCUGACCCGCUUACAGAGCAAAGAACAUCAGAUGUUUUACAAUUGUCCUUGAGUUCAAUUAAAUUGAUGCCCUGGUUGGAUAAAAUUCUAAAAAAUUGUAACGACUGUGGUAGUAUAUUCGUUGAGACAAUUAGUUCAUCAUCUUGUAGUGAUUCAACUCCCAACCAGAGACUAUGUGAUUACAUUAAAGUUCUUCUGGGUAUUAAAACCUAUGCCAUUCUCUGUGAAGAGGUCAACAAGGAGCCAAUGCUUCGUUUCCGAUGUCCACUUCAAUCAUAUUUUAUCAAUAGUACUAAUCCUUUAUUCCUAAAUGGUGUUGGUCCUGAUGAGAUUCAAUCUUCUGAUAACUUGGUUCCAUCCUAUCUUACCAAUAUUUUAUCUGACCCUUUUUCAUCUUCAUCUCAACAAUCAAGUGAAAACAAUUCCCAAAGUAAAGUUGUCUUAGAUCAACCAUCAACCCAACAGCAACCUUUCAUUGUUGAAACGGUUUCUCCAUCAUCUGUCAUUGAAGGAUCUUUACUCUCCUCAAUUACCAGUGUCCCAUUUGAACCUAAUUACAAUGAAAGUGAAAAUUUGAAACCAAGUGAACUAAUUACCGAUUUAGUCAAUAAUAAUAAUACAACCAACACACCCUCAUUUGAUCAUGAGACUGAUAAAUUAGCUGGACAAUCAAUUGAUUCCAGUUCUUCCUCUUCUACCGAUACAAAUAGGGAGAAAACUUUAGAGGAGACACCAACACUUUCUUCAUCAUCAUCAUCAUACCAAACUUCAUCCACUUUACAACCAUCAACAGCAUCUCAACAACCACCACAACCGUUAAAUCAUCAAGCACAACCUAAUCAAGCUCAACAGCAACAACAAGCAUCUUCAUCGCCUGGAGCUACACAACCAAUUGCUCCCACAAACACCGCUAAUUGGGUUCCAUUGAGUGCAAGUCAAGCUAAAGAAUCGGUUUUCAUAAGAAUGAGCAACAAAAUUAAAGCAUUAGAAGUUAAUCUAACUUUAAGCAAUCAAAUAUUAGAAGAUCUUAGCCAAAAAUAUAAGAAAAAUUUAGAGGAAAUGCAAAGAAUUAUGGACGAAACAAUUAACAAAUUAAAUGAAACAGCAACUAUGGCCAUCGAAAAGGAUAACAAGAAACAAGAAUUAAUUGAUGAUCUAAUUAAUCGAUUAAGUUUAGCCGAAGAUCAGCUUUCUCUUUUCAUAGCAGAAAAGGAGAAUAUGCAUUGGUCAUUAAUUGGAAUCCAUAUUGUAUUACUUGUAGUCGAGAUAAUUAUCAUAUUUAGUAUUGUUUCAAUUUAUCUUAAAAGAGCAUCAGCUCGUCUAUCCAACCAAUAUCGUGAUCAUGUAAAUUCAUUUCAAACCAAAUAUCAAAAUGGAUUAAGAAAUCACAAUUCAAGUUCUAUUUCCUUAAAAAGGCCAAAACUUUCUCCCUAUGUAUUUAAACCAUCGGCUGCCAAAAGCAAACGAAUCGAAGGUAGUUUUAAACGACAAUAUAUUUCAUUUUAUAUUCAUUCAUCUAAAUUGCAUCACGAGAUUGAUCCGACAAUCUUAAAACUUAAAAGUCAACAAAACAACAAUCAAGCAAACAAAGAAACGGAUGAAAAUACACCACCACCAUCACCAAAUAAUCUCAAGCUUAAUUUUCCUAAAUCUAAUUGUUGUUACUGUUUAAUCUCAUCAAGCAUAACAAACAAAUGAGCUUAUCAUUUAAGUUUGAAAAUUUUCCCCAUUCUUUUCUCUCUCUCUCACUCUCUCUCUCUCUCUCUUUCUCUCUCCUGUCAUCAAAAGUCAAAAUAACCUUGAUAAAUUAUCAAGGAUAACAUGUAAUUCAAUAACAUCAUCAUCAUCAUCAUCCUCAUCGUCAUCAUCAUCACCAGUUAUGUGAAUAUAAAUAUAUACUAUGUAAUUUGCUAAAUCAAGAAGCUUCAUUAUUGAUUUUCCAUAAAUCACUUCAUAUAAAUUGUCCCACAAAUUGAUUAAUUGAUGAUUAUUGAUUAAUACAUAGCAAAUAAUACUUAACAAA